GAUUGAGUUAGUGAAUAGUGUGUUUGUUGGUUGGUCAUAGUCUGAUCUCGUUGUCCUCUUCAAGGCUGACUGAUGAUCGAUAGUGAUAUUGCCCUAUGCCUAUGGUCUUUGCCUCUGGAGAACAGAGCGGGUACAAGUAGAAUCGGAUGGUGUUCAACUGAAACUGGGCACUGGCAAUAGUAUUGGAAUAGACUAGUGCAGCGUAGCCACCGUGCACAACUAACUUUUUAUCCAGGUAAUUGCAGCCAAUGACACUAAUGUCUGGCCAAGGAAAGACGUGACUAGUGCUUGCAGCAGCUUCUACUUCCAUAACUGAGCAAGAACAAAGGCGACCAGCACUGCAGCUAGGUCAAGUUAGCUUUCGGCGGCAACAAAAUUCGAACCUUCGCUGUUACCGAUUUUUGCUAUACUAGCCAAGCUACAAUUAUUUCUUUGUUCAAGGAGCCAAUUACAUUAGUUUGUGAGAAACGCGUCAGCCCAGCGCAGCGCCAUGGCAAGGCACUUGGUCAUCGCCCUGGUACUGUUAUGUUCUGUUACUGGGCUCAGUGGAGGGCGACAUCAUAGUGUCAAGAAAAGGGCGGUCCAGUCAGUUGUGCCUGUGCUGGGCAUAAAAGACUUACAGACGAUAUCUGUUGAGCGCUCCAAUAUGACCCAGUUCAUGAGCAGUGAGCUAGAUCCGUUUCUCAUUGUCCGUGUGGCUGGAACACGAGGAAACACCAUUGUUCGAACGCACAUUGUCAAUCAGCUGACGGGUCUCACUGCCGGCUGGCACGUGGAGUUGGACAGCUUCACGUCCAGUACGCCUCUCGGGACCAAGCACUUUUCCAACGUAGUCGCCACCUUGGACCCAAUGGCACGCCGACGCCUGGUCCUGGCGUGCCACUUUGACAGCAAGUUGUUCACGGAUGGCGUCUUCCUCGGGGCCAUUGACUCUGCUGUGCCGUGCGCGAUGCUGAUCAAUCUUGUGCGCGUUUUCGACAAAGAGCUCAAGAGCCGGGCCCGGAGGCUGGACACUACGCUUCAGCUGCUCUUUUUCGAUGGAGAAGAAGCAUUUGUGAGAUGGACGGACACCGAUUCCCUGUAUGGUUCGAGGCAUUUAGCAGCGAAAAUGGCUGCUGCUAGUCAUCCGUACCAUCCAACUAUCAACCAACUACAGGCAAUGGAUGCCUUUGUCUUGCUUGAUCUGAUCGGCUCCAACAACCCAAACUUCUACAACUACUUUCCAGGAGAUACAGGACAUCUGUUCAUGGCUCUGCAGAGUAUAGAAAAUCGCCUGCAGCAGAACGGCCUGCUGAGAAGCCACGAGCAGUCAUACUUCACCAGUUCGCCAUCUCGUGGUAGUAUUGGCGAUGACCAUGUGCCCUUUAUGCGGAAAGGCGUUCCAAUCCUCCAUGUGAUAGACUAUAAGGAUAGAUUCCCAACAGUGUGGCAUAGGAUAUCAGACAACAAACAGAACCUUCACACGAAAACCAUCGACAAUCUCAAUCGCAUCUUCCGCGUCUUUGUGGCCGAAUACCUCGACUUGGAUUUAGUGAGGCCAUCCACCUUAUCCACCUUGGCAAUGUUGACCACGUCCGAGGUGACAGACGAAUCGACCAGUCCAGCUCCAGCCACACCUCCUGUCGAUGCUAGUGUGACGUCCGGAACGGCGAGCAAUGUGGAACUCUCCACAACUGUGGCGUUUGUGUCAUCGCUGUAUGCCGGCGUCACAACGCUGGGCUCUCUCUUCGGAUCGCGUGGCGCAGCAGGGCCCGACGCCACACCUGCACCAGUGAACCAACAGGUCAAGUCCGAGAGCCGUACGAAUCCCAAGACGUAUGCCACUGCCGUCAUUGCCAUAUCAAUCGCAGUGACAGUGGCCAUGCUGUAUGUACGGGCCGGCGCUAAUUAACAACGGUCAAGGCUUGGAUCAGGCAGUCGUGACAUGCGAGUUCAGCAAAGCUGCUUGAGAUAUAAUUUAUACAUCCUUGGUUUUCUACCAAUGUCCGCUGUUUGCAUUGUUUUGCUACGCACGGCUGUACUCUGCUGUACUCUGCUAUACUCUGCUGUACUCUGCUGUACUCUGCUGUACGCACGGCUGUACUCUGGUAGUAGCCAGCCAGUAGUAGUCUAGUUACCAUAGAGUGUUGACAGAGCUGUUGUAGAUUAGGGUCAUGUCAAGGCUCUAUUUUUUAGUACUUAUGACUGUUUUAGCAUAGCCAGGUAACACAGUAGAAAUUGGCUUCAUUUUUUUAUUUAGCUCUGCCGAGGACAGUUUAGAUGUCCGGGUCCAAUCGUGCGCAUGCAACAUGUUAGUUUUCUUUAGUGGCUUGAGGUAAUUUUGAUUUGUCAGACUUAACCCCACUCCCAACCCUGUUUCCUAUAUUUUUGGUAACAAUUGUGAUAGUUUGAUAGUAGGUACAUGUACUUGAACUAGUAGUCUCCUUUUAGUUUUUAGUCUUGAUCAAGUGUGCUCCUUUCUAUAUCAAGAAGCAAUAAUGAAAAUUCGACAUGGACAAUGCUUCGCUAUAAUGAUUAUAGUGCACCACCAUUGUCCAUGUCCCUGUUUGAGCCCAUACAAAAUUGAUCUGCAAAUCAUGUAAUCAUUCAACUGAAGUAUGAGCACUUGGAACACCUAAAUUGUAAUGUCAAUCAAAUAAUUUUAAACUAAGGUGCCGAGGAAUUGAAUCGAGGAAUCUAUACCAUAUCUUGUAUUAAACACUAGCUUCUUUGCCUUGCCAACUUGGUUUCUUUUCGUCACGAGUUGCAUGUACCGAGCAAUAAAAUGCACCUGGGGCGCCUUCAUAUUUUU